AUGGCUCGUUUGUCUAUUAUUUGUAUUGGAUUGGUUCUAUUAGCAAUUAAUUGUUCAUCGUUAUUAAAUAUCGAAGGAUCAUCAAAACGUGUAUUAGUACUUCUUGAUAAUUUGGCUAUACGAGAAUCACAUUCAUUCUAUUUUCAACACUUAAAAAAUCGUGGAUUUGAGCUAACCUAUCGAUCAUCAGAUGACAGUACUCUUCAAAUAGUGAAAUAUGGUGAAUAUAUAUAUGAUCAUAUUAUUCUCUUUGCUCCUGCUACAAAAGAAUUUGGUGGACGAUUAGAUGCUGAAGUUUUAACAGAAUUCGUUGAUGCUGGUGGUAAUGUACUUAUUGCCGCUAGUAAUGUAAUUGGUGAUGCUAUUCGUGAAUUUGCUGGUGAAUGUGGUAUUGAAUUUGCUGAUGAUAAAAGUGCUGUUAUCGAUCAUCUUAAUUAUGAUAUUAAUGAUAAUGGACAACAUACAUUAAUUACUUCUAGUCCAGAUAAUCUUUUAGCAUCCGAAUUAAUAACUGGACAAUGUAAAAAAGCUGGAUUACCAUUUCUUUUUCGUGGCAUUGGUAUGACAUCUGAUCAAGAUAAUCCAUUAUUAUUCGAUGUUUUAACUGGUUCAUCAAGUUCAUAUACAGCUAAUCCAAAUGAACAAGCAUUAACUGACUAUCCAGCAACUGUUGGUAAACGAACAUUAUUAAUAUCUGCUCUUCAAGCUCGUAAUAAUGCUCGUGUUGGUUUUGUUGGUUCAUUAGAUUUUUUUAGUAAUGAUUUCUUUCAAAAUUCCGUACAAACAAAUAAUGACAAAAAAAGUAUUAAAUCUGGUAAUGAGGAUUUAGCUUUGGCAUUAACAGAUUGGGUAUUUAAACAACGUGGUGUUUUACGUUCAAGAAAUAUUCAUCAUUAUAUGAAAGAAGAUAAAUCAACACCAAGUUUUUAUACAAUUAAAAAUGAUAUUAUAUUCACUGUACAUUUUGAUGAAUUUGUUCAUGGUAAAUGGAUGCCAUUUAAUGGUACUGAUGUUCAAUUGGAAUUUGUUCGUAUUGAUCCAUUUGUUCGAACAACAAUGAAAAAUAAAGGUGGUCAACUUGAAGCAAAUUUUCGUGUUCCUGAUACUUAUGGAAUCUAUAAAUUUGUUAUUGAUUAUAAUCGUGUUGGUUAUACAAAUUUAUUUUCAUCAACACAAGUAUCCGUUCAUCCUUUACGUCAUACGGAAUAUGAACGAUUUAUAACAUCAGCAUAUCCAUAUUAUAUCUCAUCAUUUUCAAUGAUGCUUGGUGCUUUUCUUCUUAGUUUCAUUGUACUUUAUCAUCGUGAUGAUACACCAAAAAACAAAACUGAAUAA